AUGGAGCCAUUCACUUAUCUUAAAACCUAUCGAGUCCCUGUCUGCAAAAAAUGCGAAUUCGCCUGCGUAGCGAAUGAAGUACCUACUCAUUUACAAACACGACAUCGGGAUAUACCACCUGCAGAGCGACGACGAGUGGCACAAGUGAUUGGAAACAUAUCUGGUAUAAUCAAAGACCAGUCAGGACUAGAGGAUUUCCAGUUUCCUCCGCCUACCAUAAGUAGCGUCGCUUUCCUCGCUCCGCCGAAGCCGGAUGGACUCAAGUGCCGGAAAUGUCCUUAUAUUGUCAAGCAUGUAAAGAAGAUCAUGGCACAUUGUCACAGCUGCCAGCAUUGGAAUAACCCACAGCGCCGUGGAAGGCCCAGACAAGCUGAUAGUGAGUCGGAAGUUGAGCUUCCAUGGAUAGAGGGGGUUUUAUGUCAACGAUUUUUCCCAUCCAGGCGGGGGAGUAGAUGGUUUGAGGUUGGGCGCAAAACAGCCGCUCACGCUCGCAUGGGGAAGCAGGGCAAAACCGCUGUUGGUGAUUCUUCGGCACAGUCUCAACUGAACCCAGAGAUGCGAGCACAUCUACGGGAGGUUCUAGAAAGAGAGCAACAAUAUCUAGAUGCUAAGACACAGCCACGCUUCUACAGCAAAGCUCUUGGUGACGACUUUAUCUUCGAGCUUGACAGUCGACAAUCUUUGCGUAAUUGUGUCUAG